AUGGCCGAGCAUCAGCCUGAUAGAAAAUCCGAGUUGAGUGACAUGGCUUCUACAUCAGAGGAAAAGACCAAGCCGGGCAACGGGGCAGAGACCGCCGGCGGUUCCGAAGGUCUACUCACAUCCCCAAAGUCAAACGAACGCUCUGCAUCAACACCCGCCAAAGUCUUGAGCAACAAGGGACAGCGAGAGCUUUUACUCGUCGACAAGAUCUCCAAGAAUCGCAACAAGACAAACCCCUUUCCACCCUGCGAACCCCUUUCUAUCCCACGCCGCCGCCCCCUUGUCGCUGGCUCGCCAUUUCAGCUUACCCGGGAAGACUGGCCUCCAGAGACGGACAAUACAGCUAGCCACGGGGUCCCAAUCAUUCGUGUUAAGAACACAGAUACCGGCUCGAUCCAAGAAGGCGCCGGCGGCAGCGUCCUCCCUGCAAACCACAUCCAGUCACCCCACUUCCUCCGAGUUAAUGACAGCGCCCGGGAUCGGAACGCAGAGCGCCGGCAUAUUACACUACAGCGGGAGCGCAGGAACUUUUGGGACAUAGUCGACCGGGCCCUCGGAUUGCACCGAGUUAGGACCUUUGGAGAGAACGGGGGUGACAAGAGACUUGCGGCCAAGCGCGCCAUAUAUCGCGGAAUUCUCAUCUUUGGCAUUCUGAUGAUGGUCAGUUUGAUAACUUCUGCGGUCUUGUUUGUGGUUCAGGGAAGCAAGGGCAACAGCAUGGGACCGGAGUGGUUUGUCUGGAUGGGCGUCAGCGGUGCCGGGCUGAUUUGGUCUGUGUUGGCAUUCAUCAUGGCUAAUCGGCAGAAGAACCAAGCCCAGUUUGAUGAGGAAAUUGCGCGCCAGCGCAUCGUUCUUCGUCGUCGGCUUCAGAGUGGCAUAGGCGUUGAGCUUGAUGUGGUCAGUAGCCCCAACAACAAUGAGCAACAGAUCCAACGGGCAGCCGCUGCUGGUGGUGCUACUGCUACCUCCGUUGCUGCUGCUGCUGUUGCUCCUCUUGAUGAUGCCCCAACUGAAGUUAGCCAAGGCGAAGAGUCCAAGGAAGCUGACAAAAAGGAUGCGGCCUCGGUCAAGGUCUAG